AGGUGUUUUUUUUAGCGUCCUCUCUGUGUACGGUUGCUAAGCUAAUGGCUAGCUACCAGACUUAAAGUGCUAAUUAACACCACAAAUCAUUGCGAAAAAUGGACUUUAUAAGUUUCAGCUUUGGAUAAAUAUAUGGGAAGGCUUAUAGAGGUAUUUCUACCAAGUAAAUGAUGCACGAAUGGGACCACAGAAUAUGCUCACUGGACUUGUAUGUAUGAGAGAAGAAGUUUUUGCAUAAGUAGGUGUUUUAAAGGUUUUGGGCUCUCACAUGAAUUCCAGGGAGGCAGCCAAGAUGGGAGACAUCUUGGCAACUGAGGCCGAUCUUCUUGGGAUGAUCAAGGAGUAUCUUAAAUUUGAGGAAUUUGAGGAGACCGUUCACAGUUUUGACAAAGAGUGCAAAAACAAAGGCAAGCUCGUCUCAAAACCCAGAGGAAGCACUCUCAGAGACUCAAAGACUCGUGUCAUAGAGAAAGACCUCCUUAGCUCGUUUGAUGACGGGGACCACAAGGUGUUCUUUGAACUGUGGGAAGAGAAUAUUCCCACCGAAGUCAAAGAUGAAGAGACUGAGGCCCAGAGCCUGGAGUUCUACCUUCACAUUCACUUUACCAUCUACCCGCUAAGGAGGCACCCAGGAAGACACGACCGAGCUGAGUUUGAGGAGAGGAUUUCCUACUUCAAGCAGUACCUGGAAACUCGGGGAGCUGCACUGUGCCAGACCACAGAGUUUUUGCCUUACUAUGCUCUGCCGUUCGUUCCCAACCCCACUGUCCACCCCUCGUUUAAAGAUCUUUUCCAGGAUUCCUGGAUGCCUCAGCUGAAAGGGAAGCUGGAGCAGUUCCUGUCAGUAACACUAAAGCCGUCCAACAGCCCAAGACUGAUGACUUUAUAUAAGGAAGGCGGUCGGAGUACUAAAGAGGCCAUGCAGCAGCUCCAGCUCCAGCUGGCUGAGUCGGAACGCCGCAUCACCAGCUACGUGCGGAAGUUCAGCAAGAUGCAGGCCGACUACCACAACCUGAUUGGGAUCACGGCUGAGCUGGUCGACUCUUUGGAGGCCACCGUCAGCGGAAAAAUGAUCUCCCCUGAGUACCUGCAGAGUGUGUGUGUUCGCCUGUUCAGCAGCCAGAUGAGGCAGAGCGUGGUGGUGCACAGCACUGAUUUCACCAGGCCAGGCACUGGUUAUUAUUCUAUGAGUCCCUAUGAUGAUGGCUAUGCCUCUUCCAUGCUACGGGCAUCCAUUGCACCACAGAGGCCUAAGGAGGUGCCAAUGCUGCCGUCGUUAGACUAUGAGAAGCUGAAGAAAGACCUGGUUGAAGGUUCGGAUAGACUCAGGUCUCUGCUGCUCCAGGCACUGCGCUGGAGGCUCACUCGCUCACUUCCUGGUGAACAGAGAGACACUGUGCUUCAGGCCUACAUCAGCAACGACCUUCUGGAGCGCUACAGCUCCAAAAAGAAAACCGUGCUUCACUUAUUGAGGUCGGCGAACGAGGUCGUCCGCCAGUACACAGCUCGGCUCGUCAAUGCAUUUGCUUCUCUGGCAGAGGGUCGGAUUUACCUCUCCCAGAUUCCCAUUCUUCUGAAACUUCUCACAGAGGCGCUCAGGAAGGAGGAAAAGGACUCCCUGACUAGAGAAAACGUGCUAGUGGCCCUGCAGAAACUCAGCCUCAGGAGGAGCCAGCAGACGGCCAUGAUAGCAGACGAUCUGAUCGGCUGGCUGGUGGAUGAGCUGCAGGACUCGGACUGCCUCAGUGACUACACCCUGGAGUACUCCGCAGCUCUGCUUAUGAAUCUGUGUCUGCGCACGAAAGGGAAAAGGAAGUGUGCAGAGAACGGCAAACACGUGUUAAAGGUUCUGACUGACCUCCUCGGACAUGAGAACCACGAGAUUCGACCGUACGUGAAUGGAGCCCUGUACAGUAUCCUGUGUAUUCCCUCUGUGCGACAGGAAGCCAAAGAGAUGAGCGUAGAGGAGAUUCUCCGCUGCUACAGCAAAGAGGAAAACCCAGACCUCAACAGGCAGAUUGAGUUCAUCAUUAAACAGCUAAACUCAGCCGAGGAGGAGGGGCCUGAGUCAGAUGAUGAAGAGGAGGACGAUGACAAUGACGAAGAUUUGAUGGAGACGGACCUUGAUAAAGAGGAAGUUCUCCAGCCGCAGCACAGGGAGCUGUCUGGAGAGAGCCUUCUCACCACCGAGUAUCUAGGAAUCAUGACCAACAUGGCAAAAGUGAAAAGGAAAUCAACCCCACUUCCACAGCCAAGUGUCGAUGAGCCCCUUCAACGUCCAGUCACACCCAGUUCACAUCGUAACGUCAGUGCAGGUGAUUAUCGAGCGAACAGUCAGGGUGGUGAGAAUCGCGGCGACAGGGAAUACCCUCUGAGCAGACAGAAGAGUGAGGAAGGAAGCCUGCCUCCCUCCCGAUACAACUCCCGACCUCCCACGCGCUCUGGCAGCCGCCCCAGCACUGCCGAUUCCCUGCGCCACAGCAUCGACUCAGAGUGCGGGCGGUUGUCCCAGGAGUCAGAGUUGGACGGGCCGUAUGAAGGAAGAGCCAGGAAGGGACGCUCCCAGGAGGAACGCAAUGGACACUCUGCCAGUGGAGAUUACAUCCCGGCAUUUGUAAGCCGCUCCGAGAUUCCCCGCACGCCCGACCCAGCGGUCGCCCAGAACAGCGCUCACCGCGGCCGAGGCCCGCCCCUGGCGCCCCAGUUCUCGCAGUCGGAGCCGCAGCAGAGCAGCCGGCCUGGCUCUGCCGGGUCCACGGGAGGAGGGGGAAGCGGAAGCAGGCAGUCAAAGAGGAGGUGAGGAGGGAGCUGUCACCAUGGAGUAGCACUAUCUCCCCAGAAACAACAGGCUUCCUGUAACAUCAUCCACUCCCCCACCCCCCAGGUUGCGAUCGGGGUCAGGGCAACAGAGAUUGUCGCGGGGAGGAGCGGGAAUGCGUGGAACAAUGUGUAGGAUUGUGGUUCUGCAUUUUUUUGUCCUACUUCGAGUUCGGCACAGACUACUUCUGUAACGUAAUACGGAGUCUAACGAUUACCAGCAACCCCCAGCCAUGCAGCCCCGGGCACCUAGUAGCCUCAUCUGGCCCCGAAUUUCUGCCGUCUCCCUCUUCAAGGUGAUACUUGACACAGCUAACGUCUUCUAGCCACGACAAAAUGUAGAACUAGUCAAGCUCUGAGCUGGCACCUUCCAUUUUCCUCGUGGCUUAUUGGUUUCUUGCCAGUAAUCAUAAGUAGAUUCCCACACAAACCUUUUAUUGAUAAUCUUUGAACUAACAACAGAUAGUAAAAUUCCAGUAAAACCUUUUCAAAGUUCUCAUCUUGACUCAGAAAAUCAAUAAUCUUCUGAAUUUCAUAGUGUCCUAUGUAUAUAUAGAUUUUUUUUUUUCCGUGGUGCUAGAUAUCUGUCCACAUGAAUAAAUGAUUGCACCGGCUUCACUUCAAAUUUAAUACGUCCUGCUACUAUCAGCACAUAUCAUUUCAGAGUAGCUGCUCCUACUUAACUCUGACUCCAGGUAAUAAAUACACAGGUCCUGGUACGACUUUUGAGGCUAUUGAAUGUUUUUAAAUUAUAUCGUUACUUUUAAUGUACUGUCCAUGCAUACAACACCUGACGGAACAAAAUCUUGAAUCUUAAAUGUCUUAAAUUCAGGUUUGUACAUUUGCACUGUUUCCAGAGUCGUGAUGCGUAUUUAUGUUAAGUGCUGCAUUUUUGUUGUGACCCUUUUUGAUAGAUAAUAGUUUUUAUGUGAUUCAAAAAUAAACGUGUCUCGUGUUUUUAA